UACGUGUAUCUUGCUUGUGUAUGGGGUGCUUCGAUUGGUUUUAUCCCAAACGAAUGGCAUGUUUACCAUUUUUUUUGUUGACUAAAUUACACAAAAGCUAUGCUUUGGCGUCUCUUUUGGGGAUGAAUCGUGGUGAUUGUUGACGGAAUCCUUGUGUUUUGCUGUUAGUUACAACAAUUCACCAUGUCUUCGAGUUCGGUCGAAGAUAUUCCGGACCAGUGCAAGGACCUAUUCACGCAAGAUGGCGUUCUGCUCAAAGCGUGCAUUGGCCGUCCAAUCACAGACCUCAACUCUAUCGGGAUGCUAUGCGUCGUACAGAAUCCAGACAACAGCAAAUGCAUAGAAUGGAGACCUUUGGACCUUAUCACCAUUGAUUCUGACACUCAGGACCAAGAAUGGGCGGUUGUUAACACUAUUGGCGAUGGGUUGGUAACCUGUCACUAUACAGCUCCUCGAAAUUCCUCAGGUCGUCGCCAACGUACUCUUAGUGGUAACAUGACGUCUGACUACGCCACAGCACGAGCUAGGAUCAUCAAGAUACCUCUGGCAGAACUGAAGAGCUUCAGAGUAACAAGGAAUAACCAACAGCUGCAACUAUCCACAAAGCCAGGAGUAUGGCAGACUACGCUGUAUUUCCAGCACGGGAACGCCGAAGUUUUCGUGGCCAACCUCAAGAAUCAUGUCAAAUCUGCUAAGACUAGGCACGACAGGAACACAUACGUGGUAGUGGAACCGAACACAGAGUCACAAGUACUGAACCGCUCGUUUGCCGAGCUGGACAUCUUCACAGAGAACACUACAGACGUCGUCUGGAACCUGGUGUCCAACUUCAAGCAGCGCCCGUACGAGACCACCAUGGAGGCCUUCUCUAAACUCACUGAUAUUGUAUACUACGGCAACGAAGGCGUGAACGGCAAGAGGGACGUCUCGGAGGAGGUGGCAGACCUCCUUACCAAGAGUAUGAGUGCCUUAGAAGACGCCACAACAGUCACUAGGAGUGACGAAUAUGAGGUUAUAAGCGUCAAGCCUACGUUGCCGCCCCGUCCAAGCAUACCUAGAUGUCCCAUAUUCAUUUACAGAGGCACCCCACUGUCCACGGAGAAAUGGGACGGCUUGCAGGACACCGAAGGCAGGGUCAUGGAAGUGGAGGGGGUUAAACAGCUGAUAUUUAGAGGGGGCGUGGCUCACUCGAUAAGACAGUCGGUAUGGAAGUACCUUCUGGACUACUUUCCGUGGCACGCGAGCCACGCUGAGAUCAGGGCGAUACAGAAACGCAAGACCGCUGAGUACUACUCUAUGAAGCUGCAGUGGAAGUCUAUGACUGAAGGACAGGAGGCCAGGUUCUCAGAAUAUAGAGAUAGAAAGAGCCUGGUAGAAAAGGACGUGAACCGUACGGAUCGCACGCACCCAUUCUACGCGGGCGACAACAACCCCAACCUGGUGGUGCUGCAAGACAUCCUGAUGACAUACGUCAUGUACAACUUCGAUCUGGGUUACGUGCAGGGCAUGAGCGACAUCCUAGCGCCCCUGCUACUCCUUUUGGGCAACGAGGUCGACAGCUUCUGGUGUUUCGUCGGCUUUAUGGAUAAGAUUGCAUCAAACUUCGACAUGGACCAAGCGGGCAUGAAGCAGCAACUACUCCAGCUGCAGCAGCUGCUCAUGUUCACGAGCCCUGCGCUGGCGCAGCACCUCGCGCUCAAGGACUCCGGAAACAUGUACUUUUGCUUCCGCUGGCUGCUCGUCUGGUUUAAGCGCGAGUUCUCGCACAAGGACAUUAUGAGACUAUGGGAGGUGCUGUGGACAGGGUUGCCAUGUGCAAACUUCCACUUAUUGAUCUGUGUUGCCAUACUCGACGCAGAAAAAGACAUGCUCAUCAGUAAAGACUAUGGAUUUACUGAAAUCCUAAAACACGUGAAUGACCUAUCGAUGUGUCUAGACGUGGACAGAAUACUGAGCACAGCGGAAGGUAUAUACCACCAGAUUGUGUCCGCGCCGCACCUCAACGAUCAGAUCCGGGUCAUCCUGGGACUACCCACAGUCGGAACUACGACUUCCGUUAACUCGGACGAGGCGGAACCGGAACCGGAAACGGCGCAAGCGACCCACGCCAACGGUACGAGCAAUGGUUCCACGGAACCCAGUGCGGUGUUUGGUCCAGAUAUGGAGGAAGAUACACUCGAAUAUAACGGAUUAAAAAUUACUAUAGUUACGCAAACAGUAUGGGCAUUACUAGCGUAGCCACAAAAUAUACAUGUAUUAAUAAAUAUAUGGACGAAGUACGCUAGACUAGCACUGAUUUUAUAUUUUUAUAACUUGCUAUUGUUCGAUAUUGAGGUUUGGCUUCUGUUUGUUAUUUUGUAAAAUCUUUAAUUAGUGAUCUCAAAUUCAACACAAAUAUUAACAGGGUUGACCCACAUCGGUCAACAUCUCAUCGGACUUUCCUAUAUUUCUAUCCUUGUCUGUCGCCACGAACCGUUAUUUGUUAGAGCGAGAGAGACCGCGCGAGGCAGAAUCGACGAGCUGAUAGCGUGCGUCUCUGAAAUGAAGGUUCUGCGAUGAGGUGCUGGCAAAUGUGGUUUUACUAUACCAGCAGCGCCAUAUUGAAUAAAGAACCACCUAGCGGACAGAUUUCGUAACUCUUUAUAACUGACAACUCUUUUGUUUGGGGUAUUUUGUAACUGGGCUUACCAUAAUUAUGAUACCUAAAUAUUUAUUUACCCUGAUUUGAAUUCGUUCUUAGAGUGUAUAAAAUAUGAAAUUGUACGUGUUGAAUAGGAAAGGAGGCUGAAUAUUGCAUUCAGUGAUUUUGUACUAAAAACAUGUACUUUGUUGUAAACUUGUAACCAACAAACAGAAGUUAAAACUACUGUUAUGUACUAAUGUACAUAACAUUGUAUGUGCUAAAAUAAUUCAUUUUUGUAUAAUUUUAAUUAUAGUGACCGCGCCGUUUUCAUAUGCUCGGAUUUAUUAACAUUUUCGUGUGAGAGCGAAAUUAAUUGUGUACAUCCUUAAUUAAUGUUUAUUAUUAUAAUCAAUUAUUACAAUAUUCUUGUUUCUUUUUGUAAUAAACUUUGCCACUAUGAUGACUAUGUUAGAAAGUUAGUUUAGUGCAUUAAAUCUGAACAUUUUAUAAUAAUGUUAAUAAUUAUAAUUUGUAGCACAUAUCCUUACUUUGUGUAUAACUACUUCAGUUUAUCAUCAUUUUAUUAAACAUUUCGUACCUGAA